AUGAGCAGCACCGAAGACAAUACCGCCGGAGGCUCGACACCUCAAGAAAGCGACGAUGAUUUGGAACACGUAGCAGCUAUGCAACGCACUCUUUCAACCCCAGUAAUCAAGACGGUCAAGGAAGCCCGGGAAUGGAUAGCCAAACCUGAAGCGCAAAAAACCGGCUGGGUUGAUAUUUCCAUGACUAUUUUUACGAAGCGCAAGUUUGCGAGAGGUUCAUACCUCAACCUUAUUGAUUUCAAACGCUCCGCAAACUUUCGAGAAUCCAAAUCUGCUUUAGAGAGCAUCCCGUUCUCCCUCAAAAAGAAGUACAUGGUAUCCGUCACGCUGUAUCUAGUCCCGUUCAACUCCAAAGAAGAAUCAAGGGACUACGGAUAUUCCCAAAGGAAAUCUAAGCGGGAUUGA